AGUAUUUAUUAUUGAAGUAUUGUCUUUGAAUAAGAAGAGGAAUCGAAUCCAGUUUCUAUUUCUCUACGGCAAUAUGUGGACGUCUGCAAUCUUUCUUGCGCUCUUCGUGGGAGGAACCAUCGGUGCCCCACGAAGCUUACCCCCGCUGCAGAGUUUAGGCAAAAGUACAACAGAAUUCGCCUUUGAUUUCUACAGACAUCUCAUUGCAGCAGACAAGAACACAAAUGUCUUCGUUUCACCUAUCAGUAUAUCAACCGUGUUGUCCAUGACCAUGCUUGGAGCGAGGAACGCUACCCACACCCAGAUGCAAGAUGCACUAUGUGUUGGAGACCUGGGUGAUAUGGUUCAUGAGCUAUACCAGGAAUUUGGCAACAGAAUGGACAAGGCAAACAAAAACCUGACGUUGAAGGCUGCUAAUAGGCUAUUCGGUCAGACGGGCUUUCAGUUUUUGAAGCAAUACCUUGAUGAUUCUUUGAGGUAUUAUAACUCUCCGCUGAAGCAACUGAAUUUCAACACUGAUCCAGAAGGAUCUAGGAAAUACAUCAACAACUGGGUGUUUAAGGAGACGGACAACAAAAUCAAGAACCUUUUGCCACCAAAAUCUAUCAAUCCGUCUACAAAGUUGGUGCUGACUAAUGCGAUAUAUUUCCAAGGGAACUGGCACUAUAGAUUCAACAAGACAUUGACCAAGCCAAAUGAUUUCUUUUUGAUGGGAAACGUGAACAAGAAAGUGAACGUCUCUAUGAUGUCACUACAUACGUCAUUGUGGCGUGGAUAUAUUCCCGAGAUGUCGUGUCAGAUAGUCGAGUUACCGUAUUCUGGUAAUAACACAGCCAUGUACAUCCUGCUGCCCGAUGACCUGGACGGUAUCGGAAAAAUUGAAACGCAUUUGAAGAACACCUCUAUCAUAGAAGAAGGUAUCAAGCGUUCCGAGAACAGAUCGAUUACUCUUCUCAUGCCAAGGUUCAACCUGACCCAGCAGUAUGACCUUCGUUCGACCUUGAGUGCGAUGGGCAUGCGCGAUCUUUUCACCCCAAUGGCUGACCUUUCUGGUAUUGAUGGACGCAGAGAUUUAUUCAUCUCAUCAUUUGUUCACAAGGCCUGGGUCGACGUUAAUGAGAAUGGAACAUCGGCCGCUGGGGCUACAGCGGCUAUCACCCCUACUGGCAUCGCGCCAUUCAAGGUGGACAGGCCGUUCAUUUUCUUCAUCAGAGAUCGUAUGUCAGGAGCAAUACUCUUCCUCGGGAAAAUAAUGUGCCCGCCUGGAUUUGAGAAUCAGUGCAAAUAGAUGUCGCAUCGUAUCGUUUAAAUCUUGAUAGCUCUGAUAUUGUACAGCCAAGAUUUGUGAUGUGUUUUGAUGUAGGUGAUGUUCUGACAUAAUUGUAUUUUGAAAUAUUUCUGUAUGAACAAUGUUUUUAAAAUAUAAUCGAAAGUAGAUAUUUAUCUGUAGCUUGAUAUAAAAAUCAGUUAUUUUCG